GCAGAGGUCUGCAUGGGAUUCUCAAGGAAGCCGGAGGUGAUGUACCAAUGACGAUGACGUCACAUCUCAACUUGCUCACAGUUCUGAUAUGCGCAWUGAUAGUUCGUGGACUGGCACGAGAYCCUUCUAGAGGCGAAUGCAAAAGAAGUGCAUCUUUCAAGAAAGUCCAAGAUCGCAAGCUUAUGGGUCACGUGAUUGCAACUCAUGACGUCACUUGUUCCCAUGAAUGCGCAGACGAGUGUUUACGAACCAUCGGAUGCAAAUCAUACAAUUACCAAGAAAUAGGCUCUCCACAUCACGUGUGUGAACUGAAUAGCCAAUCGAAAUCCUUCGUGACGUCAUCUUCUUCUUACGUCAUACAGAACGGAUACUCGUAUUACGAUGCUGAGCAAUACGUUCUUCCUGCUUGUUUAUCGUCUCCUUGUAAGAACGGUGGUACAUGCAGGAUUGCUGGAUGUAGCGACGAUUAUACGUGUGACUGUAAGGASAAAUACUCGGGGGAACACUGUCAAACAUGGAUUGGGUCAGAUGGUUCUUCCAGCGGCCGUCCUGGUCAUUCCUGCGCAUUUAUCAAAUAUUAUGGAAAAGCCAAACAGAGUGGAGACUACUGGAUUGAUCCGACUCGGUCUGGGUCACCAUUCCAGGUGAAGUGCGAUAUGACCACAGAUGGAGGCGGCUGGACUGUUGUGCGUAAUGCUACACUUCAGUCGUCCAGUCCCAGUGGUUCCCAGUCUAUGUCGAGCUACAGAUACAUGCGGCAGCUAGACUGGUACAAAUUAAUUGACGCUACCGUGCUGAAAAGUCUGCACAAUGACAUGGGAUUUCGUCAGAUGCGCAUCUAUUGCAGAAAGAAAGCUGUGAAGACAACAGUGCACGUGAUGACUGCUAUGAAUGACCUUGGAUCCAAUGUUAUAAGGUAUUUUAUCGAUGGCAGCCCGAUAGCAAUAGCCUGUAAUUCCUACAUYAGGAUGCCCGACGAUACCUCUUACCUUUCCAAACACUGCAGUGMACUAGGUUAUGCAUCAAAGGGAGUAAAGUACCUUAACAGAUGGGGGAAUCAAGGAUGCUGUGCCGGRGUUUAUCGAUUGGUUAACCGACUUCUAAACAAUCCGACAGCCUCAAAGACUUUUAGUUGCAGUGGUGUAAAUUAUUUCUGUGAUGAUAUGAAUCAAAACAAUUGCCAGCCAGGUGAUAUGUGGCUUUUGUUUGUGAGAUAGAAAACGUUUUAGUGAGGCGAACUAGCACUAGAGCAAGAGCAAUUCUGUUUGUUAAGGCCCACCUGCAACUAAGAACCUUUGCGUUCGUUUCUUUUCUUUUACAAAUGAUCUCCUGUUGAAAGGUGUUUUCUGAUUGGUUCAAAAUCAAAGAUGGCGAAUUUUCGUAUGUGAGAAACUCGCGCAAAUAUUCUUGGAUGCAUGUAGGCUUUUAAAGGCUGAUUUACACGGUACGAUUUGUCGACUUGUAG